AUGUGGCUUCUUUUUUUUAAGGAUACCGUGUGGCCUCAUCAAGCUAUCAGAAAGAUUAGUACAAUCAAUCUAUUACAAUUUGUAUGUUCAUUUGUUUUAAAUAGCAGGAGUUUCCCUUUUUCCCAAGGAUUUAAAACUGCUGAUUUGAUUGCAUAUAUUAAUGAUAACUUCCAGAUGUUCAAGCUGGUUUUAGAAAAGGCAGAAGAACCAGAGAUCAAAUUGCCAGUAUCCGCUGGAUCAUCAAAAAAGCAAGAGAGUUCCAGAAAAAUAUCUAUUUCUGCUUUAUUGACUAUGCCAAAGCCUUUGUGUGGAUCACAAUACACUGGAAAAUUCUGA